GCGGGAGCGACGCGGAGUGGAAAGAGAGUGCUGUUUCCUCUGUGCCCUGGAGCGUUGAUAGAGCGCCUGAGGUGUGCAGGUCCCUACGCUUGAGCUCGCCCGGCCUCCACCGUUUGCAGGGAACUCUCAGGUUGCGUAGUUGAUAAGUCUGGUCAGAGAAAAGGGAUGUGUCUCAGGAAAGUUGAACUUCCAGGCCCCUGGUGGGCUCUUUCCUGGAAGGACUUCUGUUGGUCUGUUGUAUAACAAAAACCCAUCCUUCCCCCCACUAAUUCACAGUCCAGGAUUGGGAAAUGGGGAAUGCAGACUAGGAAAGUCCAAAUAUCAGGUCCUUCGGGCCAACUUCUAGACAUUUACUGGGUGCCUACUUUGUGUAAGCCUUGCACCAGGCACUGGGCCUCGCUGGAGGGGAGUUCUCUGUUGGGAGUGGGGCUGUAAACGAUGCAAAGCUGAACUGUCAGGCCCCUGGUUGACUGUUUCCAGGAAGGUCCGUUAUUGAAUGGCUUUUGUGUGGCAGGGCCCGAGCAACUCAAAAAUUAGUGAGGGAGUUGGAAAGUUUAGCUCUUGGGCUUUUAGUGAAUCAUUUACUUAAGGAGCAUUUACUGGAAAGCAGCUGAUAGCCGGGCCCUGUGCUGGGCCUUGUUAUUGUGGGAAUUCACAGUCUAAUAGGAGGGCUGGUCUGGUGGGGAAAGUGGAAUGUGCACAAGGACAGUUAAACUCUCGGGGCCACACUUCCUGGAGGGAGCGUAAUUCAUUCACCAAAUCUACUCAGUGCUUAUUAGGGUGAGACCUCUGGGAGCUAAACAUGAGCAACCUUUGUGUGCAGAGCUGUAAGCUGAACUCCACCUGCCCUCUGGCACUAACAGAUGAGUUGAAGAAGAAAUGGAGAUGGUGGGGAUUAUAUUUGGAAAAUUACUGCUUAGGCCUGCAUGGGCGGCAGUCAUUUGCUGUAGGGACUCUGAGCCCCUGUUGUGUGAAGGGACCUGCGCUGGGUUGAGCCCACACCUGUAGAGGGAGAGAUGGGGCACGUAGAGGGAAGUUCACAAGUUAAAAUCCCUGUCCUCGGUCAGUGGCUUUGUUGGUGACAGCGACCCCUACAAUACAUCGGACCUGCCCUGCCGGCAAGCUCAGUCUGGUACCUGGCCGCCAUGGGGUGCAGCUCAGCUGCAGGGUCACAGGCUCACUGAAGACUGAGAUAUAAAUAUUGGAUCCAGACUUGCUGAUGGUUAGAGGCUGGUACUGCCUUUCGCACAAUGGCAGAGGUGGUGGCUGAGGCAGCUGAAGUGGCUGAGAUGCCAACACGGAUGUCACCAGGGGCAGUGGAGAUGUCAACACCGACGUUAGGGGAGAAAAUGGAGAUGUUAACAGAGGUGACUGAGAUGACGCCUGGGGAGGCCCUUGCCUCAUCCCUCUUCUUCCAGUUCAUGUGCUCUGAGUGUGGCAGCCUCUACAACACACUGGAAGAAGUCCUCUCACACCAGGAGCAGCACGUGCCCACUGUCACAGAGGAGGAGGCGCUGACCGCCCAGGACACUGGCCUGGAGCCGGAGCUGGUGCCAGGCACUGAGGAUGGGCCUUUCCAGUGCGGUGAGUGCAGCCAGCUCAUCCUCUCCCCCAGCGAGCUCCUGGCCCACCAGGAUGCCCACCUGCGGGAGUCUGCAAGCCAGAUCCAGUACCAGUGUGGAGACUGCCAGGAGCUGUUUCCCUCGCCUGAGCUGUGGGUGGCUCAUCGGAAGGCCCGGCACCUUCCUGCUGCUGCAGCAGCUAAGCCUCCGGUGCCGCCGCCUCUGCCUCCCCUCCCCUCGCCACCUCCACCCCCGGCUCCACCCGAAGUCGAGAUGGAGCCCUACGAGUGUCCUGAGUGCACUGCCCUGUGUACCACCCCCGAGGAGUUCUUGGAGCACCAGGGCACCCACUUUGACUCCCUAGAGAAAGAAGAGCGCAACGGGCUGGAGGAGGAGGAGGAGGGUGAGGACGAAGAAGAUGACGACGACGAGACAGAGGCCGAGGAAGAGGCAGCAGCGGGGGUUGGUGGUGAUGCUAAGGGAGCCGACAGGUCCGCAGCCGGCCGGGCCCAGGGCUGUGCGGAGUGUCCUCAGCGCUGCACCUCAGCAGGGGCACGCCGGCGACACCGGCGGCCGUCCCGUGGCCCAGCGUCAGCGGCUCACCCCUUCCACUGCAGCCAGUGCCAGCGCAGCUUCAGCUCGGCAAACCGGCUUCUGGCUCACGGGCGGGCCCAUGUUGGUGGCACGCACGAAUGUACGACCUGCUCCAAGGUCUUCAAGAAAGCAGCCUCACUGGAGCAGCACCUGCGGCUGCACCGCGGCGAAGCCCGCUACCUCUGCGUGGACUGCGGCCGCGGCUUCAGCACAGAACUCACGUUGGUGGCCCACCGGCGGGCCCACACCGCCAACCCACUGCACCGCUGCCGCUGCGGCAAAACGUUCAGCAACAUGACCAAGUUCCUCUACCACCGGCGCACUCACGCCGGCAAGAGCGGGGCACCUCCCAUGGCGGCGGCGGCGGCGGCGGCGGCGGCGGUGGCGGCCGCCUCCCCGGCUCCCGCCGAGCCCACGCCCCCCCCGCUGCCCCCUGCCCCACCCGCCCAGCUGCCCUGCCCGCAGUGCUCCAAGUCCUUUGCCUCCGCCUCCCGGCUCUCCCGGCACCGGCGCGCGGUCCACGGGCCCCCUGAGCGGCGACACCGCUGUGGUGUCUGCGGCAAGGGCUUCAAGAAGCUGGUCCACGUGCGCAACCACCUGCGGACGCACACGGGCGAGAGGCCCUUCCAGUGCCAUUCCUGUGGCAAGACUUUUGCUUCUCUGGCCAACCUCAGCCGCCACCAGCUGACCCACACGGGUGUGCGUCCCUACCAGUGCCUGGACUGUGGCAAGCGCUUCACGCAGAGCUCUAACCUGCAGCAGCACCGGAGGCUGCACCUGCGGCCAGUCGCCUUUGCCCGUGCGCCCCGCCUCCCCAUCACCGGUCUCUACAACAAGAGCCCCUACUACUGCGGGACCUGCGGCCGCUGGUUCCGUGCCAUGGCGGGCCUGCGACUGCAUCAGCGGGUCCACGCCCAAGCUCGGACGAUGACACUGCAGCCUCCCAGAUCACCCCCUCCUGCCCCGCCCCCGCCCCCCGAGCCUCAGCAGACUAUCAUGUGCACCGAGCUCGGGGAGACCAUUGCCAUCAUCGAGACGUCCCAGCCACUGGCACUUGUGGACACGCUGCAGCUGUGCCAGGCGGCACUGGGGGCCACUGAGGCGAGCGGGCUGUUGCGAUUGGACACGGCCUUUGUGUGACACAGCUGAAGAGCGACAAUAAAAGAGUUUGGUUGCAGAAUCAAGUGUGGGCACCUCUGGGGAGAAAGGGGGCCACGCCCCGGCGAGCCACUCUGGCACCCACCGGGUGCCAGCAUUCACCCUGGCCUCUUACCCACUGACUCCUCAGAAUGGCCCCACCAGGCGUCACCUUUCUCUGCCUGAGGGGACGCUGAAGGUCUGAGACACGAUAUGAUGUGUCCCGGUCACCCCACUGCGUUGCAAAGCGGGGUUCUCCAAGGCUCUUUGCAUCACCCUGGUGCCCAGCAACAUCAGGUAACCUUUCCUGAGCCCCAACCGUGUGCCAGCUCUGUGCUGGGCCCUGUCGCACACCUCUUCACAUCCUCUGCUUGUCUCCCCGGCCCUAGCCUUCCCUGGACUCUGGGCUCGCAGGAUUUGGCUCCGCCUGGUGGAAGAAGGCACUUGACUUCUCUGGGCUUCCUUGAUCUCACUUUUGACAACGUGGAGGGCAAUCUAUAUGUACCCCGGUAUUCAGCUGCAGGUGGGUGAUGUUAGAAACCCAGGAAUGAGUCAGACAUGGGCUCUGCCCCAGGAGCCACGCAGUGUGGUAGGAGGAACACCCACAAAUACAGAUGGCCUUGCUCUCUGAA